ACGGCGCCUGGCGUGCAGUGCGGCCUAGUCGGGUCAGGUCUGGUCUGGUCCGUCUGUCUGUGCCCGGGUUUGUGCUCAGUCAUCGCGGCCGUGAGGGCGCUGGUCUAGUCGCUGGGUUUGUGCCCAGUCAUCGCGGCGGUGUGAGCCGAGCCGGCAGCCCGAACCAGGCCUCUCUCCCACCCCCACCCACACACACCGUCCCCAUGAAGGACACGACGGGGAAGCACAAGCCCAAGGAGGCGGCGGCGCUGGAGAAGGAGAAGGAGAAGGCCAAGGCCGCCGGCGGAGCCCCGGCCCCCGACGUGGAGAUGAAGGACGUGUCCGCCGAGCCCGACAGCGAGCCGGCCGAGCCCGUGGAGAAGAGCCAGAAGGAGCUGGACCUGCUCACGCUGGAGGAUAUCAGAGAGCACGUGAAGCAGAUUGAGAAAGCCGUGUCCAGUAAAGAGCCACGCUUUGUGCUGCGGGUCCUCCGUACACUUCCUUCAACCUGCCGCAAAUUGAACCCCACCGUCCUUUACAAGGCCAUCAAUGGCUUCUUUGUGUCCAGCACUUCGACGCGAGAUCUCCUGCUGGCUUUCCUCGAGGAGCCGAUGGACACCGAAGGAGAUGUGCAGUUUCGUCCUCGAACUGGAAAGGCAGCCUCAAUACCUCUGCUGCCUGAGGCAGAGGCUUAUCUGCAGCUUUUACUCGUCAUUUACUUGACAAACAACAAAAGAUACACUGAUGCACAGAAAUCCUCUGAUGAUCUGAUGCAAAAGAUUGCAGCUCUGAACCGCCGCGCUCUUGACUUGGUUGCAGCAAAAUGCUAUUACUACCAUGCUCGUGUCUAUGAAUUUCUAAACAAACUUGAUGCAGUAAGAAGCUUCCUGCACUCACGUUUGAGGACAGCCACCCUACGCCAUGAUCAUGACGGACAAGCCACUUUGCUGAACCUGUUGCUGAGAAACUACCUGGUGUACAAUCUGUACGAUCAAGCUGAGAAGCUCGUCUCUAAAUCCAUUUUCCCGGAACAAGCUAAUAACAACGAGUGGGCGAGAUACCUUUAUUACACUGGUCGUAUUAAAGCAAUUCAGUUGGAAUAUUCGGAGGCAAGGAGAACACUGACCAAUGCUCUACGAAAGGCACCGCAGCACACUGCAGUUGGCUUCAAACAGACAGUUCAUAAGUUGCUGAUUGUUGUGGAGUUACUUUUGGGUGAGAUCCCGGACAGGCUGCAGUUCCGACAACCGUCUCUCAAGAGGUCCCUGAUGCCAUACUUCCUGCUGACUCAGGCCGUGCGCACUGGCAACUUGGCAAAGUUCAACCAGGUUUUGGAGCAGUUUGGAGAGAAGUUUCAGACUGACGGCACCUACACGCUGAUCAUCCGCCUGCGGCACAACGUGAUCAAAACAGGUGUAAGGAUGAUUAGUUUAUCUUAUUCCCGCAUCUCCCUCAACGACAUAGCACAGAAGCUCCAGCUGGACAGCCCUGAGGAUGCUGAGUUUAUCGUUGCCAAGGCCAUUCGUGACGGAGUGAUCGAGGCCAGUAUUAACCACGAGAGAGGAUACGUACAAUCCAAAGAAACCAUCGAUAUUUAUGGCACAAGGGAACCUCAGCUGGCCUUCCACCAGAGAAUCUCCUUCUGUCUGGAUAUCCACAACAUGUCUGUCAAAGCAAUGCGAUUCCCACCCAAGUCAUACAACAAAGACCUGGAAUCAGCAGAGGAGCGGCGAGAGCGAGAACAGCAAGAUCUAGAAUUUGCUAAAGAGAUGGCAGAGGAUGAUGAUGAUGGAUUCCCAUGAUGCGUCGGACGUUAAUUCUGAGGCAUUUGAAAAACUACAAAUAGUAGAGAUAAAUAAAACCAGAAUCGUGACAUUAAAAUACGGUGGAAGCCCUUUAAUAGACUCAAGUCUGUCAGCAUGUUUGAGGUUGAGAGUGUUUAUACUCUGUCCAGGUUUUACUUAUAUUUACCUGCUUUUAUUUCUCUUCAUUCACGGUUGUUUCCCUAGGAAUAUCUACCUUUGUCCCUUUAUACCUUGUAAACAAUUACAUGAUAAAUUUAUGGUCAAUAAAAGUAAUAUCACAAA